UCUAAAAGAAAAUGUCACACAGAAACGCAUUUGUGCCUCUUUGGCCUCUCUCUCUGGUUUUCAAGUUUCGCGGUUAUGCCCCCAAUUCUCUCUCUAUCUCUGCGAUGUAGUCAUCGUCGUCUUCGAUUCAAUCGCUCGCGCAAUUCAAUUAUUCGAUCGAUUCGCUUCGUCACGUCACAUUCAAUAGUUUGAAUUCAAACUCCAUUUGAUCGGUUUUGCCUCUUUGGUGUGCCGUAGGUGAUUAGGGGUUUGAUUCGCUCAUGGCCCCGACAAGAAAAUCUAGAAGUGUGAAUAAGCGUUUUUCUUAUGUUAAUGAGGUGUCUCCUAGUAAAGAUGGAGAGAAUGCUAAGAAAAGCAUGCAGCGGAAGAGAAAGCUAACUGACAUGUUAGGGUCACAAUGGAGCAAGGAAGAGCUGGAGCGUUUCUAUGAAGCAUUUCGUAAAUAUGGGAAAGAUUGGAAAAAGGUGGCCAGUGUAGUGCGGAAUCGAUCAGUGGAAAUGGUGGAGGCCCUUUACACAAUGAAUAGGGCUUACUUAUCUCUUCCGGAGGGGACUGCUUCUGUGAAAGGCUUAAUUGCAAUGAUGACUGAUCACUACUGCAAUAUGGAAGGAAGUGACAGUGAACAAGAAAGCAAUGAUGGUAUAGGCACUUCCCGAAAAUCUCAAAAGCGUGUUAGGGGGAAAAUUUGGCCUAAUACCUCUAAAGGAUCUGAUGGGCAAUUUCUUUCCUAUUCACAGCCAGUUGCAUCAAGUUCUGGUUGUCUGCCAUUAUUGAAGAAGAAGCGCUCUGGUGGAAGUCGGCCUCGUGCUGUGGGGAGAAGGACACCACGCUUCCCUGUUUCAUAUUCUUAUGAGAAGGUUAAUGGGGAAAAGUUUUUUUCUCCAACAAGGCAAGGCCUGAAACUAAAGGUGGAUGCUAAUGAUGAUGAUGUGGCUCAUGAGGUAGCAUUAGCACUGGCAGAGGCUUCUCAAAGAGGUGGUUCUCCCCAAGUUUCUCAAACACCAAACAGAAGAACAGAUAGCAUUAUGUCAUCACCAAUUCGGAGUGCUGAAAGGAUGCGUGCUGAAUUGGAAUUAACCAGUGCCAAGCUCGGUAGUGAAAUGGAUGAAGAUGGUUUUGAAGGAAGUUUAGGAAGCAUGGAAGCUGAUAAUGGAGAUUUUGCUAGGGAUAGAAAUUAUUUGAUACAAACCAAAGGUGUUGGUGCUACUGAAGCUAGGAAGGGUAGAAGGCUUCACGGAAAGAAGUUACAAGUUGAUGACAGUGGAAACAAUCUCUUGGAUGACAUUAAGGAAGCCUGUAGUGGGACAGAAGAAGAACAAAACAUAGGUGCUGCCAGAGGAAAACUUGAAUUUGAGGUUAAAGAUGGAAAACUUGCACUGUCCUCUUCUCAAGCUUCAAGGAAGAAAAGCAAAAAGGUUCUUUUCAGAAGAGAUGAAGGGUCUGCCUUUGACGCCUUGCAAACUUUGGCUGAUUUGUCAUUGAUGAUGCCAGCAACAGCAAUUGAAAAUGAGUCAUCACUGCAGGUCAAAGACGAAGAUGAUGAUCUUGUUGGCAAGUAUGGGGUACUGGAAACUGUGCCUGCAACCCAUCAAAGGAACAGACCUAAAUCCUUGGGAGUCAAAGCGAAAGGAAAUCAAGUAGUAUCGGGAUGUAGAGCCUCUUCUAUUAAAACAUCAAAGAUUGGAAAAUUUUCAGUUCUUGAUGGUACUGUCCCUGAAGCAAAGGAGGAACCUCAGCAGUCGACUGCUAGACUUUCAAGAAAGAAACAGAAGACUUCGGCAUCUAAAAUUCCAAAAACUGAAGCUCAUAUUGAUUCUCAUCCGAGUGAAUCUCAGGAGCUCGAGGCUAGAGAUGUGGGGAAGAAGUUAAUUAGCAAGGGUAAACGCUCUUGCUAUAGUAAUUCACAGCAAAAACAAGGGAAAUUGGUCAGACAUUCAGAGCAUUCUUCUUCAAGUACUGACCUGAGAGGGGAAAAGGAUGAUUCAGCUCUAUCAACUGUACAGGUUCCCAUGGCAAACCAGGUUAACUUACCUACGAAAGUAAGGAGCAGGCGUAAGAUGGAGCUACAGAAACCACAGAAUCUGAAAGAUUUGAAGUUCUCAGAAUUGAAUGACCACAAACUUAAUUUACCAGUUCCUUCUUUCCAUGAUGGAGCACUCAAUCUUAAGGAGAAGCUUUCUAAUUGCCUAUCAAACAGUCGUUUAAGGAGAUGGUGUGCUUUCGAGUGGUUCUACAGUGCUGUUGAUUACCCAUGGUUUGCUAAAAGGGAGUUUGUGGAGUACUUGAAUCAUGUUGGAUUGGGCCAUGUUCCAAGAUUAACGCGUGUUGAAUGGGGUGUCAUAAGAAGUUCCCUUGGCAAACCACGGAGGUUUUCUGAACAAUUUUUAAAGGAAGAAAAGGAGAAGCUUAAUCAAUACCGUGAUUCUGUUAGAACACAUUAUGCUGAACUUCGAACAGGUACCAGAGAAGGACUUCCAACAGAUCUUGCAAGGCCUUUAUCAGUUGGCCAACGUGUUAUAGCCUUUCAUCCAAGAACAAGAGAGAUUCAUGAUGGAAAUGUGUUAACAGUUGAUCAUACCAGGUGUCGGGUUCAGUUUGACCAACCGGAGCUAGGGGUUGAAUUUGUCCAGGAUAUUGAUUGCAUGCCAUUGAAUCCGCUAGAGAAUAUGCCUGCAACGCUUGCAAGAAAGGCAGUCACUAUUGAUAAAUUCUUUGAGAACUUCAAUGAGCUAAAAAUGAAUGGGCAGGCUAAAGAUCAGAAGCUAGAAGGGUAUAUGAAACGUUCUCCAGGUGAAAACCUGGAACAUGUUGAUGUUCCCUCUCAUGUGUCUCCUACAACUUAUCCCACAAGUAAUUUGUUAAAGCAGACAAAGGGGGUGUCUGCAAAUCCUAAUUUGCAAGCUAAAAUUGGACCCAAGGAAACUGCCAACAAUCAACAAGCAGCAAAUUCUCAGCCUUCUAUACUGGCACAGAUCCAAGCAAAGGAAGCUGAUGUCCAAGCUCUUGCUGAGCUGACUCGUGCUCUUGAUAAAAAGGAAGCAGUGGUGUCUGAAUUGAGGCAAAUGAACGAUGACGUGUUGGAAAGCCAAAGGGAUGGUGACGAUGCUUUAAAGGACUCAGAGCCUUUUAAGAAGCAAUAUGCUGCUGUACUUGUACAGUUAAAUGAAGUAAAUGAGCAGGUUUCUUCUGCUAUUUUUUGUUUGAGGCAACGCAACACUUACCAAGGAAGCUCCCCACUUACCUGGCCAAGGAUCACAGCCAAUUUAGGGGACUCUGGUGGUCCCUUGAGCUCGUCUGAACAACCUGCAAAUCACCCACAGGAAUCAGGAUCUCAUGUCCAUGAAAUUGUCGAGAGCUCAAGAAUAAAAGCUCGAAUGAUGGUAGAUGCCGCUAUGCAGGCAAUGUCAUCUUUGAAGGGAGGAGGAAAUGCUGUUGCGAGGAUUGAGGAGGCUAUAGAUUAUGUAAGUAGUCGGCUUUCAUUGAAUGAUUCUUGCAUGGUGGCCAUGAUACCUUCUACUCCUGCCGAUCUAAUUAAUGGCACAUCGAGUCCAUUGAAUAAGCCUGAAGCAGAGUUGAAGAACAUGUCGGACAAAAAUGAAGCACAAAUCCCAGCAGAACUUAUCAGUCACUGUGUGGCUACUCUACUCAUGAUUCAGAAGUGUACGGAACGACAGUUUCCACCAGCUGAUGUGGCCCAGAUACUGGAUUCUGCUGUUGUUAGUUUGCAGCCUUGCAGCUUGCAGAACCUUCCGGUCUAUGCGGAGAUUCAGAAGUGCAUGGGAAUUAUCAGGAACCAAAUAUUGGCACUCAUACCUACCUAGCCUCGUACUAUUGAAUCUUUUUGUGUACAUUUUCAAUGUAGAAUGAAGAUGGUUUUUUUUCUAUUUAUUUUUUUAUAAAUUGUUUAAGAUCUUAGAUUUUGGAAGUUGUAACAUAGAUUCUUGAACUGUUUUCAUUUUUUACGGUUUUUUUUUUAUUUGUCCCUUCAAUUUGAAUGGGGAUCAAUCGCACAUACUGGAAUAGUGGAAUGUAAUUUGUAAAAUAAAUUGAAGAUUUUUAAUAUUUUA